AUGCAAGGAUAUUAUGGAACUAAUGCAGAAAUUGGGGGGCAAUGUAAUUAAUGCCCAUCUGGGACUAAUACUACUGCACCAUCUAAUUCUGUGUAGGGAAAUACAAAUUCAUAAGCAAAUGUCAGUGUAUGCAAUUAAUGCUCAUUGAAUUUCUAUAUGAAUACUGCUGCGAAUCCCUCUAAUCCUAUUUCUUCUGCUUAGUGCACUGCUUGUCCUUAAGGUUCAGGUACUUAAAUCGCUUCUAUAACUCCAACUGAUGUUUCUUUUUGCAAUGUAUGUGUUGCUAAUUAUUAUAUGACAGUUGCUGCUUUUAGUCCUAUUCCUGGAGUCAAAGCUUAUCCAGCUAUUUGUAUGCCUUGCCCAGCAAACUCAUCUUGUCCAGUACAGACAAAAAUAGGAACUCUUGUAAAUUGUACUUGUUAUGAUGAAAAUGCUCUUCCAUUUUCAACUAGUUAAGUAACAUGUACAUGUUUAAAUGGUUAUUAUGGUAAUGUUUCGAGUCUUUUAGGAGGACCAUCUGGUUGUACUCGUUGUCCUUAAGGUAUGUUUUCGAUAGGAGGGACCCCAUGUUAAAACUGUCCUCCUGGAUCUUAAAUCUUAAAUGAUUUUAGUGGCUGUACCUGCUUCGAUAAUAGCACAGGAACACUUCCUUGGAGUUUUAAUACUAAUUAAUGUUAAUGUAGUGCAGGCUAUUAUGGAGACCCUUCAACAGCCACAUCUGGAACAACAGGCUCUUGUACUCCUUGUCCUAGUGGAUACACUUCUAUAACAGGAGUAGCCCGUCAAUAAAGUGAUUGCUUUUUAUCUGGUAUGACUUUUGGAGUAGUAAUAAGAUUUUAUGUUGCUAUCUCAAUUUGCAUUUUAAUUCUACUUUGA